GGUGGAGCGCACUUUUUGUGCUUGAGCUUGAGCUACGGUGGAGAGCCUCUGUGUACGGAGUGCGGAAAAUCAUUUUCCGGAGAGGAGAUCCGACGAGACCUGAAGAUCCGCCAUGCCUGGACGCCCACUUUGGCAGGUUGCUGGCAAGCGCGAAGCAAGCCAGGAAGCUGAAGCCCAACAAUGGAUGGAGACUGUAAUCGGUCGAAGAUUUCCACCAGGCGUGAGUUACGAAGAUGCUUUGAGGGAUGGUCUUCUGCUCUGCAUGCUCAUGAAUAAAUUGCAGCCUGGCCUGAUCUCGAAGAUCAAUACUUCCGGUGGAGAUUACAAGAUGAUGGAUAAUCUUAAUCAGUUCCAAAAAGCCUGUGUAAAAUACGGAGUACCCGAUGUUGAUCUCUUCCAAGCUGUCGACCUGAUUGAACGUAAAAAUAUCGCUCAAGUGACAAACACCAUCUUCGCUAUUGGACGGGCGACGUAUAAGCAUCCGGAAUGGCGCGGACCCUGGUUAGGUCCGAAACCGGCGGAGGAGAACAAGAGGGCUUUUACGGAGGAGCAGCUAAGGGCUGGUGAAGGACUCAUUGGCCUGCAAGCUGGUACCAAUAAAGGCGCUACACAAGCCGGGCAAAGCUUCGGAGCUACGAGAAAGAUACUUCUUGGGAAAUAAUUUAAUAAAGUUUACACUUUUUUAUCGCUGUUAGAAAUAUUCUGUUUGCGUAACGCGACCUUUUGAAUAGAUAUACGUACGUAUGUUUAGAAAUAUUGUAUUUAAUUAAAUGUUCAACGCUUUCGUAAAAAGGAACAAAGAAGAUUGUAUAAUUCUUUGUGAUUAGAAUAGCCGUCAGUAUAUCUGUUGAAGUUAAGGUAGGUAGUCCAACAGUGAACCAGUAGUACACUAUGAACCAUUGCGAUUUAUCGCAAUAAAUGCAACGUUAUCAGAUUGUAUUGUUAUCAUGCAGCGACUCGCAUUUGAACCCCUCCUCGGCUCCUCAAUUGACUGGCAGAUCGCUCCAAAGACGGCCAUGUAAUGUCACAUUUUAAGAAUUUUGGGUUGUAAAGUAAGUUUUUUUCGUAAGUUUUACGCAUUUUUUAUGCUUUUGUUGUUAUACCUAUCAUUUUUUUCAUUGUGCAAUAGUUUUGCGUGCACAUUUGGCUUUAUUAUUCUGUAAGCAACUUUUUUUGUUACAUUAUUUUAUUACAUUAUUUAGGAGAUUAUCGUGGAAAAAGUUAGGUGGUCUACAAUGAAUCAUUUUGACGUGAACAAUGAACCAUGGUAUAUUGUAGACCACAUAACCUUUUUUACGAUAACCUUCAAAAUAAUAAUUUAUUGUAACAAUUAUUUAGAAUACGGCCCCUCCCUCCACUUAAAGUCUCAAUAAAAAUGUACUCAUUUGACGCGUUUUCACUCAAAACGAAAGAAAAACGCGAUGGUCAGCCUUUUACGAAUUCUCACCACCUUAUAAUUAUCUAUUUUAUAAAUAAACAUUUUAAAAUAUAGCAAAACUAAAAUAAUCCCAACAAUUUGCAGUAUAAAACAUAUGUAGUUCAUUAUUAAAAAUAGCAUGAUUUAUUGUGUAACACCCCUUGUACACAAUGAACAAUUUUCCGUUUUUUUUAAAUAAUCGAAAUUGUGACUAAAUUUCACGGAUAACUUAAAAGUUAUUAUUUACAGU